AUGGGAGAUAUGAGUAUUUCAGUAACGGAGGAGUUAGAGAGAGUUAAGAAGGAGAAUGAACUUUUACGUAAGGAAUUAAAUGAAUUAAAGAAGGAAUCUAAACAUGAUCACAAAGAAUUAUCUCUAGAGGAAUACCGUAGAUAUGGUAGACAGAUGAUUGUGGAAGAUUUUGGUGGGCUAGAGGGCCAAAAAAAGUUAAAGAAUGCUAACGUUUUAGUUGUAGGUGCUGGUGGUUUAGGAUCACCUUCACUACCAUAUUUGGUUGGUGCAGGUGUUGGUCAUAUUGGUAUUGUUGAUAAUGAUGUUGUCGACUCAUCAAAUUUACAUAGACAAGUAUUACAUGACACUACAAAGGUUGGAGUAUUUAAAUGUGAGUCUGCAAAGGAACAAUUAUCAAAGUUAAAUCCAAAUAUUAAAAUUGAUACUUACUCAGUUAGGUUAGAUGCCUUUAAUGCAUUUGAAAUAUUCAAAGAUUAUGAUGUUAUACUUGAUUGUACUGAUACUCCAUUAGCAAGAUACCUAAUCUCAGAUGUUGCCGUCAAUUUAGGUAAAACUGUUGUAUCUGCAUCUGGUUUAGGUACUGAGGGCCAAGUUACGAUUUUAAAUUUUAAAAACAUAGGCCCUUGCUACAGAUGCUUUUACCCAACUCCUCCAAAUCCAUAUGCUGUAAAUUCUUGCUCGGAAGGUGGUGUAAUUGGCCCGUGUAUCGGACUUGUUGGUACCAUGAUGGCAGUUGAGACCCUUAAAGUUCUUCUGGAUAUCUAUACAAUUGAAAAUUUUAAACCAUUUUUGAUGCUGUAUUCUGGUUUUCCAAAUCAAACAUUAAGAAAUUUUAAAAUGAGAGGCAGACAAUCUUCCUGCCAAUGCUGUGGAAAAAAUCCAACUAUUACAAAAAAUACAAUUGAAUCUGGUGAAAUAAAUUAUUCAUUGUUUUGUGGUAAGAGAAAUUAUAACGUUUUAGAGGCUCAUGAAAGAAUGAACGUUUCACAAUUUCAUGAGAAUUAUAUUGUCAAUUCCCCAUCUAACCAAGUUAUUUUACUGGAUGUUAGACCACCACAUCAUUUUGGUAUCUCUCACUUUGAUAAUGCCAUUAAUAUAUCAGUUCCUCAAUUAACGAAGUUGAAUGGAAGUUUUUCAGAAUUACAAAAAAAAUUACCAUCAUUAAAUAAAAACAGUGAAGUGGUUGUAUUAUGUAGAUAUGGUAAUGACUCACAAGUUGCUACAAGGAUGCUGAAAGAUAAUUUUGGUUUAAAAAAUGUGAAAGACGUUCAAGGCGGUUUCUUUAAAUAUAUUGAUGAUAUAGAUAAUUCAAUCCCACAAUAUUAA